AAUUAAUUAUUUAUAUCACCAUAGAAUUUUGAAAAUCUCAAAACGGCAAGCCGCACGCCUAAUACCCCAUAUCUUCUCUUUUGUCUCCUUAGUCCUGCCCCAAUUUUCAUAUGCAAAAAUUAGGGUUCUGCGUUCCGAUUACGGUUUGAUCAGCUAUACAUAAAGCCGGCUGUUUUCUUUUUACGGACAUUGUUUGUACAUAGCUAUAGCUAUGGCUUCCAGUGAUGAUGUGGCUGAAGGCUCUAUCUCUUCUGUUCUUAUUGCUUCCUUGAAGUCUAACCAGAACGAUGAUGCUCUUUCACCUGAAGAAAUAGCAUGGGUUGAUUCUUGCCUUGUUAAAGAUCCAGAUACUUCUGACGAUGAUUGGAGUUCUAUGAAAGAUGCUUUGUUGGACAUCCUUGGUUUGCAAGCUGAAUCUCACAACUCCUUGGCGCCUGAAAGUGAUGGCUUGUCUAAAGGAAUUGAUAUUCAGAUGCUUUCAUCUGCUGAACCUGGAAUUGUCGAGUCCCCUAUAAGAUCCAGUGACGAUGAUUCUAUUCAAACUGAUAAAGAAAUGGACGAAAGCAAUUAUGACUUCCCAGUUAAGGAGGAGUUUGGCAUUUCAUUAUCAGAACAGUCGCAUUGUGAUGCCUCAGAAAGUUCUCUGAAAAAUGCUUUUCUGCCACAUUACAGGGAGAACAACCAAAAUGUGGAGGAAUCUAUUGAUUCAGGACUUAAUUUCAGUUCUUCAACAUAUGAGACAGAGCCAUCAAUUCAGGAUAUAUUCAAGGUCUGGGAUUUGGGCAUUCCAUCUGAGGAAUAUGAGUUUAUUAAACAGUUGAACAAAGCCCUUUCAGAAAGUUCUGUUGAAUUGAUGCCUCCAAUGACUGAUGAUUCAGGGGCAUGGAAAGAAUCGAAAGAUGAUUCAGUUGAUGAUUUAAUUGCUGGCAUUGCAUACCUGUCUUUGAAUCUCCAUUCAAAAUAGAAAACAUUCUUCAGAUUAUGAUCUUCAAAUUUAAGUACUUUCUGCUUCUUACUGACUACUAAUGAGGCAGUAAAAUGUUCUACUGCAAAAUGAAGGUGUUCAUAGCAUGCCAUAAAUGUGAAAACUGAAAUGGAAAAUUUAAUGCCGCUCAACUGUAAAUCUGCCUAAGAAUUGGCUAUACGUUCUUGAAAAUGCCAGUAUGUGCAUCAAGAUUUUGUGUAGGGCACAUCUCAUAUGGAUGUUACUUGAAAAUUUAUAACAAGAUUUUGUAAUUCUGUUUCUUUGCAUAGAAGAUUGAGGAAAGGCCUCUCCAUAACUGAAGAAUCCCCAGAUGUUUUCACCAUAAUCAUAUUCUCAGGACAUUAAACCGAGAAUGAUCAUAAUGAGGGAUCUUAAACCAGGCAUCACUGUAGUUGGGCAUCUGCCAUGCGAAUCUCCGGUUUGGGGGGAUCCUAAAAUGGGCCCUACCUAUGAUACACUUGGAUAUUCUUGAACCAACCAAGUGGAAUAGCUGAUCUGGCAAGAUGUCUGCCGUUGACAUGGAUGCAAAGACUAUCAAAAUGUAGCAACUGAACCAUGGCCAGUAAUCAAAUGAAACUAAAAAACAAAGAAGCUAGAUUAGAGCCUCAUAUUUACUUUCCAGAGGAAUCUCUCAAAACAAACACUUGUUUUGGACUCAGUACAUAGUGAAUACGAUGCAGUUGUCUGUUCUUCUUGACAAAAAAUCUUAGCAUUUUAUGAUACUAUAAUUUCAAUUUAUUUACGAGGCGAGAAUAAAACCAUCUAUAUCAACCACUUAUACACCAUGUCCAAGUUUGUCAUGCUAUCAUCCACAUGGCAAACUCCCAUUGGUCGGCGCACAACAGCCUCAAAUGUGACAUCUUCUGAUGGCACACAAGUUAAAUAUAAAUACAGCGAGUACAUAUGCAUAUGUGGUAAGGAGGCACUAACUUAAGAGAGGAGAUAAGAUUAUAGACUGUUUGUAAAGCUUUCUACAUUCUCAUUAGCGGUUAUCCUCUCAAGCCAAAAACAAGAAGAAAAAAAAAAAAACAAACAAACAAA